AUGGUACUUCCUCUGCAAGCAUCCUCACCUACUGAGCUGGACAACCAGAGCUGGAACAUUGGUGCUAUUCUUGAAUAUGGAGCAGAAAGAAAGAUAUCACAAAAUAGUUCGUUGUCAGCUAGCCUAGGUCUAGGUGUUCCCACUGGUGUACAGCUUAAAAUUAAGUUGCACAGAGCAUCACAGACUUAUGGAACAACAGUGAUAUUAUGUGAAGAAAUAAUGCCUGCCCCAAUAAUUUAUGGUACUGUUGUUCCCCUUGUAAGCUGGUUAGCAAUACAUAAACUUAUUGUCCAGCCUUAUCUCCGUCGUCAGAAGCAGCAAGAAUUAAUGAAACAAAGGGAAGCCAACAAGAGCAGAUUACUAGAAAAGCGUCGGGAAGCUAUGGCAGCUGUUGAUUUAAUGCGUGAAACAGUUCGACGAAUUGUAGAACAAGAAGAAGCACGAAAAGGAUUAGUUAUUUUACAGGCUUGGUAUGGUCAAUUGGUGACUGAGGGCACAUCACAAGAGGAAUGUGGAUCAUCUCAGGAAGUAGUUGAUGUAACAAUAGCUCUGCAAUGCUUAGUAAAAGAUUCAAAGCUUUAUUUUUUGCAAGAUUCUUCAAAGUGCUCAUUACCUGGGUUUUAUGAUCCCUGUCCUGGGGAAGAGAAGAGUCUGAGAGUUCGCUAUCUCUUUCAUGCUGUCACCCAUGAAGUUAUUAUAAGUGAUACUGACUCCUUGAGGAUACCAAAGCAGU